AUGGUGUUCAAGCUUGCUCAAUGCGGACGAUUUGCGGUGCGACGCUUCAAUAGUCGCGUGCUUUACGUACCCAGUUCGGGACUGCGGACUAAAGUCAUCGCCAGCUCUUUCGCGGCAAGGCCCAGUGUCGAAGGCCUCUUUCGGUCGUUAUCUCUGAGCAAUUCGUAUGCAACCACUGCCGCCAAGCCAAAAACCAAGGCAGAGAAGACUGUAAAGAAGAAGAAGAAGGCUUCUAAGAAACCUACUCCUCCCCCAAAGCGUGGCCGUCCUGGGAAGAGUAACAAGGAGAAGAGGGCCGAAGAGAAAAAGAAAGAAGCAAAGGUCCGAGCAAGGGAGGAUCUGGAGAACCUCAAGGAGGCUGCGCUGACACCUCCCAAACCUCUACCAACCUCGAAGAUCGCGAUCUUUUCCUCUGGAAAAGGCCCUCUUGCGGAGUCGGUAAAGGCAUUCAAAGAGAUAUCUCAGUUCCAUGUUGACGAGCUUGGGCAAACUGCUGAAAAGAAUGCAGAAACCAACCGACACAAUCUUGAACAGUGGAUUGAAUCCCACACUCCUCUCGAGAUAAAGAAUGCCAAUGCUGCUCGCCGCAAGCUUCGCCGCAUCCUACCAAAGAAAUCCAGAAUUUACGGCCCAAUUAAAGACUACAGGCAGGUAAAGGGACCACGUAACGCUUACCUGCUCUACUCCCUCGAUAUGCAUAAUAGCGGGGAGCUCAGACAUCUAUCUGCUAAGGAGCGGAUAGCUGAAACUGCUCGCAGCUGGAAGAACGCAAGCGAGAGUGAGAAAGAGAAAUAUAAGUCUCUCCAAGAGGAGGAUCGAAAGAGGUACAUCAACGAGUACAAGUCGACGUAUGGGGAAGAACCCAAGCUGGUGGAGUCAAGUGAUGCUGAAGAUCUUUAA